UAUCGUCGCGUCCAUCGAGGGAGUCGGUUCGUGACGAUCCGAGUGCUUGUCCCCCCUCUCCCGUCGUCGGUCGCGGAACAAAAGCCACUGAUCCGCUGGGUUCGUUUAUUCCACGCGUGAAACUCGUAUCCGCGGAUCCGGUCGUGUUAGUUAGCCUCGCCGAAACAAGCGUCUCGUCAGCGUACUCGGUCCGCGAACGCGAAAUUAUGCCGCAUUCGAUCGACGGCGAGGGCUAGCCUUGCCCUUGAAGCAGCAACAGCAGUCAGCAGCGGCAGCGAGUUUCGAGUGGUCGACGCACGGAGAGAGAACGCGUAUAUAACCGCGCGCACAUCCCACCAGCUGUGCCGGAAUUGGUCGGACCCGCGUGUGUUUGUGUUCAACGGUUUUUCCUUGUUUUCCUUCUGCGCGGAUUUCCCCGUUCCCGGCCCCUCUAGCCCAGCAUCGCUGCCCACGUCCGGUAACCCGCCAACGUAUUCCUGCCCCGUGACAACAGAGGACAGUUUUUUUUUACGUUACCCGUGGUUUUCGGCGUUGCCUCCGUUUGUUCAGUUCUUGUUUUGGUGCUCGUGGUGAGUUUGCCGGGACGAUAAGCGGGAAGACAAAGGGAACCACCAGGCAGGCAGGCGGCCGUGGUCAGUGUGCACAGUGAGACGAACGAGAGGGAGAGCGAGCGAGAUAUCGGCGUGUAUCGAUCGAGAACGGCAGUGGUCACCGGUUGAUGCUGGGGUGAAUAAUCAACGAGUUGAAACUAUUUGGGAUACUAUUAGAAGAGUCUCGGGAGGACUGAAUGCUUCAGUGGUCGAAAUCACGGGAAUCCUAGGGGAAUCGCUGUACAGCACCGUGGGACUUGUUGAAUUGGGUGGACGAUAAGAAGAAAUCUAACGAUAUUUGGUGCGCAGGGCGAAGGAAUCCGAGACGGGUAGAGGGCGGAAUCCGAAGACAGCUAGCUAGGGCCACCGUUUGAAGGAGCGAGCAGGUACAGGGGUAGAAUGCUGCGACACGAAACGCGGUGGUGUUUCGCGGCGAGGCUAUGAGAAGGCUGAAUGGAGGCCGAGGAAGCCUCAGAGCCCCCUGGGGCUCCGACCAACGUUUCCUCGUCACCCUGCGACAACAUCAAGCGUAGCUGCGUCGCGUCGCGACUGAUCUAGACGCAAUCUAGACGACAACUCUGGUGUCUUAUCCCGAUACCGACGAGCUAACCAACCAAUAACAAUAAUAACAUUUGCGUGUAACCGAAUACCUGAAGAAGGCCUGGUCAAGCCUAGAACACCGAUAGACGAAGAAGGUCGCCCAACCGAACGGCCUGAGUCACUUUUUUCCCUACCGACGCACGACCUACUUCCGACCGAAGUGUCGAAGCUUCGAACGGAGAUCGACAUGUGCGCGGUCCCGAGGAGCGACGAAGAGUAACGUGUGUCCGUGUAUAUUCAAGUUUGAACGCUGAAAACGAAGGAGUCUAGGAGGCCGAGAAUGGCGGCGCCGGUGAUCGAGAAGAAGCGGUUCUUCUGCCGCGAAUGGGCGUUCGUCAAGCUGUCCCAUUGCCUAGAGCAGAGGCCGGCUUCGAAGACCUGCGGCGCGUUGAUCGUCGGUGGACCCGGAAGCGGGAAGACUGCGCUCUGCGCCGAAUUGGCUUGGCCGUCCACCAGCGCUAAUGCCAGACACCAGAGGUCCUUGAACAGGAGGCUGCUGGCCAGGCACUUCUGCCAGGCUAGGAGCGAAGCCUCCUUGUCGCCGGCGCAGUUCGUUAGGUCCCUUGUCGCUCAACUUCUACAGGCCAGCUCGGACGGAAUUCACAGAGCAUCCCCGAAUUCGCCAACUCCUGGCAGCACCGCAACAACCACCACCAACGCCACCACGGCUCCGUUAACCUCGAGGGAAGCCGUGGCGGAAGCCUACGCCGAGAAACUCCGAACAGAUCCAGAGAUACAGGCCGCCCUGCAACCGGACAUCCUCGACAGAGAUCCUGACGACGCACUGAAGAAAGCUCUACUGUUCCCCUUGUUGGAAGUCGAACCACCGAAGAGCUGUUUGUUCUUGUUGGUCGAUUCCAUCGACGAGGGACAGAUCCUGAACCCCCCGCAAACUGGCACCAGAGACUCAAGAAGGGAGAACGAGAAUGUUAGUAGAACAAUUGCUGAACUGUUGGCCAACCACCACCACCUGUUUCCGCAAUGGUUGUUGCUGGUUUGUACUGCUCGACGUCAAAGUAAAACGAUCUCGAGGAUGUUCACCGGAUUCCGCAAGAUCUCGUUGGACGAUUUAAGGAAGUCCCAUGUGGUCAGAGAUGUUCAGCAAUAUAUCCUUGCGCGACUGGAUCAAGAGGAUGCGCUCAGGCAGCACAUCUCGUGCGACACAGCCGAGAUGCUGAACCAGCUACACAUCAAGAGCAACGGCUGUUUUCUGUACCUGGAGAAAGUUCUCGACGGCGUAGCCGAGAACUUCAUCGUCCUGCGAGAAGUCCGCGAAAUACCAGGCACCCUGAACGGUCUCUAUCUUUGGCUGUGUCAAAGACUCUUCAGCAGGAAACAAUUCGCCAAAGUCCAACCGUUAUUGAACGUGAUCCUUGCUGCCAAAUUGCCUAUCACUCAGGAUAUUCUCUACAAAUGCGUGAAAACCGCCUGCACUGGGAUCACUAUCGAGGACUUCAAUCGACGCCUGCAUCUUCUGCGAAGAGUGAUUUCGGUAUCCCGUGCCGGUGCGCUGAUGCUGUUCCAUCAUAGCUUCGCCGAAUGGUUGCUCGACGUUAAACAUUGCACUCAAAAGUAUCUCUGCUCCGCCAUAGAAGGCCACGCCAUGUUGGCUGCUUAUUACACCAUUCGCGGGACAGACCUAAAUCCUGAUGAAAUCUGUGUGCUAGGACAACAUCUCCAACGAUCUAUCACUAACGUAGCCACUACAAACUGCAAUUUGGAUGUUCACACACUUCAGGUACUCUGGAUGAUUGGCAGUGGAGCACCAAUCGAAGAAUGCUACCUAGACAGCUCUGAGUGUAUCCUUUGGCCCAGGCAAGAAGUUAAAUUACUGAGAUUGCUUAUCGAUGCUGGGGCCAAGCCGUCUGAAAAGGUUGUAGAAGAUGAUGCCAGCAAGGAUGCUAUUUCUUCUAGUCAGGUCUCGCAAGAUGUUAGCCCAAUGGAUGAGUCUCCUAGCGAACCAUUAACAGAACUGCUUGGUGAGAGUGGAGACAUCAAUCAAACUGAUUCUUGCGGACGAACAGUGCUGCACACACUCGCUGCAGAUGGCAAUGCAUCUUUAUUGGAGUUGGCUUUAACAACUUGUCCUCAGGCAAAAUUGGAGGCUACAGAUCGCCAUGGUCAGACACCCUUAAACUUAGCCGCUAGACAUGGCUACGCGGAUGUAGUUCGCGUGCUUUUGGCUGCUGGUGCCUGUGCGGAUCAUGCAGACUGUGAUGGUUGGACUGCCCUCAGAGCUGCUGCCUGGGGAGGACACACUCAGGUAGUCGAGAUGCUCUUGGAGCACGGGGCAAUAGUAGAUUGCGCUGACUGGGAUCAACGAACCGCGCUGAGAGCAGCUGCGUGGGGUGGCCACGAAGACAUUGUUAAAGCGCUUCUGCAGCACGGCGCCGACGUCAACAGAACAGAUGAUGAGGGCAGAACCGCCUUAAUUGCUGCUGCCUACAUGGGCCACAGUGAGAUAGUUGAACAUCUCCUAGACUUUGGCGCGGAGAUCGAUCAUGCUGAUAGCGAUGGUAGAACAGCUCUCAGUGUCGCUGCUUUGUGUGUUCCUUCUAAUCAUGGCUAUGCAAAGGUGGUCACAAUACUUUUGGAGAGGGGAGCAGCAGUUGAUCACCAGGACAAAGAUGGCAUGACUCCAUUACUGGUAGCAGCAUUCGAAGGUCACAGAGAUGUCUGUGAAUUACUCUUGGAAUAUGAGGCGGAUGUAGAUCACUGUGAUGCCACUGGACGUACACCUUUGUGGGCAGCAGCCAGUAUGGGUCAUGGAUCGGUUGUUGCCCUUUUGUUAUUUUGGGGAUGUUACGUUGAUAGCAUCGAUAACGAGGGCAGGACCGUUCUCAGUGUGGCUGCUGCCCAAGGUGGCACUGACGUGGUGAAACAAUUGCUGGAUAGAGGUUUAGAUGAACAACAUAGAGACAAUUCAGGGUGGACACCUCUGCAUUAUGCUGCUUUUGAAGGUCAUAUUGAUGUAUGUGAAGCAUUGCUGGAAGCUGGAGCCAAAAUUGAUGAAACUGACAAUGACGGCAAGGGAGCCUUGAUGCUUGCAGCACAAGAAGGACACUAUACUCUUGUUGAGAGAUUGUUAGAACAACAUGGCGCACCAAUCGAUCAACACGCUCAUGAUGGAAAAACUGCGCUAAGACUUGCAGCUUUGGAAGGGCAUUAUGACACUGUCAGAGUAUUAUUAGCCCACAAUGCUGAUGUCAAUGCAAAAGACGCAGAUGGUAGAAGUACUCUCUAUAUCUUAGCCUUGGAAAACAGAUUAGCAAUGGCAAGAUUUUUACUGGAACAUGCCCGUGCCGAUGUAGAAAGUAGAGACUCAGAAGGCAGAACACCUCUGCAUGUAAGUGCUUGGCAAGGACACGUUGAGAUGGUUGCUCUACUGUUAACAGAAGGCAGUGCCAAUGUAAAUGCCUGUGACAACGAGAACAGAACUCCUCUUCAUUCUGCAGCCUGGCAAGGACACGCCGCUAUUGUUAGACUACUUCUAGAACAUAGAGCUACUCCUGAUCACACUUGCAAUCAAGGUGCAACAGCUUUGGGUAUAGCUGCACAAGAAGGCCAUGAGCAUUGCGUACGAGCACUCUUGAAUCAUGGUGCUGAUCCCAGUCAUUCUGAUCACUGCGGGCGAAAUGCGAUUAAGGUGGCUGCUAAGAGUGGACACGAUACAGUAGUAAGGCUUCUUGAAGAACACUCGGCUAAUCAACGAAUUCUUAGACCUGGCAUUAAUGGAGGUGGAAGUAGUAGUGCUACUUCAGUAACCUCUAAUUCAACAGCAGAGACAAAACCGUCGUCGGCAAUUCUAAAUCCUCUCUCUACACAGUAUAGUCCCGCUGAAUCACCAGAUUCAACGAAGAGGAGAAGUUGUGUUUCCCUAGGCAAUAACUCUAGCAACAGUAAAUCCAGCAGCAACUUGACGGGCAGCACGAAGAGCGAUCAAGGGAAAUUCAAUCAGAACUCGAUGGUGAAUCAGGUAAUAAAAACACCAUUAUCUUUCACGCAACAACUUCAACAAUGUUCGAGAGGAGCGAAGAGUCGACCACUCAGCAAACUCUUGUCGCCCCUGAAAAGUGAACCACAGAGCCCGAUCUAUGCUUCGCCGCCUCAUUCACCGUUAAGCGACAGUCUCAUACCUUAUUCGCCUACAAACACCAGUCCACCAAGCGCCCAAACAGCAGCUAACGUGAUACACAACCAGUUGGGGGUCACCCUGUUAACUGGAAACCAGAACAUACCGUACAAGACGCAGCUGAGUGGCUACAGUCAUACACCAGCCAUUUACGAGCCAAUUAACAUAAAAACCGAAAUCAUUGAUAAGAAUGAAGUUAACAAACCGUUUGAAUUGACAAACGAAAUGUUAGGUUUAAAUGUUGGAAAAGAAAAGAAGAAUGGACUGGACGAGAAAAGAAACUCGGCCGAUACUCAUUUUACUAGAGACACGCAUAUGAGGAUAAUUCUGGGGAAUAGUGGAGCUGGUGUUGGCAGGAGUGUAAAACACACUUCUGACCAUACCCCUGCCAGUGCAAGUAAUGUGAAACCAAAGCGCAAUGGCUUGGUGUCCAACCCAGCCAUGAGAUUAGUAGCGGGUGUUAGAAAUGGAAUUGAGAAUGCAACUAAUAGAAAUAAACCCAUUACGACACGAGUAAAUGGAUUUCAGUGGAAAGCAGAGGCACGAAAGGAAACACCUUUGUAGGGAAAGGUUGUGUUAUCAGAAACACCUCAGCAGGGCACCGGAAUCCGUUACUGUGGCUGGCGAAUCGUAAUUACCAAAAAGCGAAAGUCAAUAAACAAAUUUUUCUCUUUUUAUUUGAGCAAAAUCAAAUUACCUCACCUGAAAAAGUGAAG